AUGCCGUGGAUUGAGUUUUGGGAGAAGUUACUCGCCCUUGCACUUGACCUCUUCGAGACUCGACAAGCUUUGUACGCAAGUAUCGCGCGAAUUCGAGGCCGCUUGCCACUGGUAACGGAUGAUGUUGCCUUUUGCGCUUUGGCUGAAAGCGUCGGGAAUGUUAACGAAGCAGUCGAGAAACUCCAUGAUGCAGCAUACGAGCGGGAGUUGACGUACGUAUGUGCUGUCAUCGAGGUCUCCAAGCAGCUAGGACGGCAUUUUCCACUGGGGUCCGGACAGCUUCCCCUCAAGGCCCCUCACGUCUCCCUGCCAACGAUAUCGUCGCCCAGGCCAGACAGUAGUGGUUCUCACAAUUCCAUGGGGGCGACGACACCGGGCCGCACGGUGCUGCCUCCGUACUCCCCGAGUCGAGCAGCAUCCGCCUCUAUCUCCAACUCGAAGCAGCAUCUUCGCAUGAACCAGAUGCUCAACUUGCAUUUCCAGGAGCACGUCCAGCAGCAGGAAGCAGCGAUCGCAAUAGCGGAGGCAACGGGAAGUUUCGUGCACCCCCAACGACGAAUGGAGAAGUUGGCUGUGCUAAAGGAUUUCCGGAAGGCAAACGAUGUUCUCUUGAGCUCGCAACUAGCGUUUGGUAGUGAGAGAGAAGCCGCCUAA